GCCGCCGGAUGAACACCAUCGUCGACGGCGAGCCGUCGCCUAUGGUUCUCAAAUCAAAGAAACGGAAACGCGCAGUGAGGAAAACAACUUCAAGCGCAGGUAUCGCCCCCUGCCUCUUCAAGUACUGGCUGCAACGCUACUCUCUCUUUUCCAUGUUCGAUGCUGGAAUCAGUAUGGACGAUGAAGCGUGGUUCUCUGUCACUCCUGAAGCCAUUGCGGCCUCUCACGCCGCUCAUGCUGCGUUCUCCAGUGCCGCAGUCGUAAUCGACUGCUUCGCCGGUGUCGGCGGCAAUGCUAUCCAGUUCGCUGCUAGGGGAUUUCGUGUUGUUGCUGUUGAGAUUGAUCCACGAAAGGUUGAUUACGCUGUUAAGAAUGCAAGAAUCUAUGGUGUGAAGGAUAGGAUUGAGUUUCUUGUUGGGGAUUUCUUCAGCCUAGCACCUUUUCUGAAGGACCAAGUGAUUGCUAGUGCCUUUAGCUCCAAGCCCAUUUUGUGGUUUCCAAUUAUUGCACUUGGUACUAUGGAGAAUUUGACUUAUGACCAUGCUUUUAAAAAUGAGACCAAAGCGGCCGAUUUGAUCGUGAACCGGUCAUUCAACCAUGUCAGUCCAAGCUCAGAACAAUUUUUGUAUAGAACCGAGAUUAAACUCGCCAGAAACAACAACUGA